UGAACAAGAAAAUCUCAUUAAAUUACCCAACAAGAAGCCCUCUAGAGAGACACAUCAAAAAAAAAAAAAAAAAUCAAAAUCAGGGGUUUUGUUAGAAAUUGAAUCAUCAUCAUUCGGGAUAAUGGCUUCUUCUUCAGAGGAUCAAUUGAAAUUGAAAUUACAGGAUUUACAGAAACAAAUUGGGAAAAAACUAGUGUUUGAAGAAGCUGUUUCCAACAUCAAAUCUUUGAUGAUCGAAAAUUAUCCCUCUGCUUCUCCAUCUCUUCGCCAACUGAUAUAUACUGUGGUUUGUCGUGUUGCUACAGUUUUACAGACUAGAUAUACAGCACCUGGGUUCUGGUUUGCUGGUAAAGAACUUUUCGAACAAGCCGAGCGUCUUGUUACUGAAUCUUCUGAAAGGCAACAUUUGAAAUCUUGUAUUGCCAGAGCUCGUGAACAUUUGCAUGAGAAAGAGAAUCAGCCUGAGGUAUCGGAAUCCAACAGAGGUCCGUCAAGGUAUCUAUUUGAAGGGCAUCUUACGGUGGAUCCUGAGCCACCAAGACCUCAAUGGUUACAGGCGCAAGAUUUUCUUAAUGUUAUUGCAGCAGGAGCAGAAAUAUCUCAAGCAGCAAGGGAGACCUUUAACACUACGGAAGCUGCUUCUUCACUAAUGGCAGAUUUGGCUACUAACAUGAAUUUUGGCGAAGGCUUUCCAGAUCUGGAUGCUGCAAUUGAAGCUUCACUUCAGGCAAUUGGCGCUGGAGGACCCCAAAGACCACCACCGGCUAGUAAAGAAGUUGUGAAAAAGCUUCCCAUAAUCACUGUAACAGAGGAAAUAUUGGGGAGGCUGGAAAUCAACACAAAGUGCUCCGUUUGCCAAGAGGAAUUGGUCGUUGGUGACAAGAUGCAGGAGUUACCUUGCAAACAUUUCUAUCACCCGCCUUGUCUAAAGCCUUGGCUGGAUGCACACAAUUCCUGCCCAGACUGUCGAUACGAGUUGCCAACAGAUGAUCACAGUUACGAGAGGAGGAAAGAGAGAGACAGGGAAGCUGAAGAAGAGCGCAAGGGAGCUGCAAAUGCGUUACGUGGUGGUGAAUUCAUGUAUGUUUAAAUUUUUAGCGGGGAUGGAUAUUGUGAUAUCUUCAAGUUAUUGUGAACUUUGGUGUAAAUUUAUGACAUUUAAAUUACAACAAAUAUAUCUGUUUAGAUCAGAGUUUACAAACACCCCCACCCCCACCAACUCCACCAAGUCCAUGCCCAUCUCCACCAGCACCAGGCUGUGGAUGUGGAUGUUGUAACACAGAUAUUAAUAUUCAGAUAUCAAUAAAAUCAGGUGGUAGGUACUUGUAAUGC